AUGCCUGCACCACCGUUCGGAACAGCCUCAGCAUAUACCGAUUCCUUUCCCGCCCCGCCACCUAGGCAGGUGACCGUCACGGCAGAAACAUGUUUCAACCUAUCUGUGUUUCGAGAUAUCGUUCGACAAUAUCGUAAAUUGGACGAUCAAAUUAUAAUCCGACUGAAUCGAGCCCAAGCUCAACUCCGAGAUCAAGAUCGACUAGGAUCAGGGGUGGAACAUAUGAAUGGAUCGGAGGGGAUGUGCGCAAAGAUAUGGACUGAAAUAAUGGCUGGCUGGGCACAUCGUCAGACGUUGUUGACGUACUGUUCAACAACCGUUAAGGACAGUGUGAAUAACAAAAUUCAAGUCGAUCAGGAUCCCAAGGUCAGCACACCGAGGUGGGAGAGGGGUAUAAAGGAGGAAGAAGUAUUGGCCGAUCAGCUAGAGAGCGAGGAAGGUAUAGAAGCUAUCAUACGUAAAAGGACGUUGGAUGCUUUCAAAUCUCGUUGUCCAUUCUUCUCUCCUCCCUCAUCCGACCAGACAAGUAAACAAUGGUGGGAUCUGGCAGACCACGGCAAGAAAGGAAGAGGUCCAGAUAUUAUCAAUUAA